AGCAGCCAGUGCCUGAAAUACGUGCACAGGUCACAUAAGAGACUUAUCAAAACAAAAACCUUAGAAAACUUCCGAGGAAUGCAGUGAACAGAUUGCUGUGCUAUGCUUUGUAUGACUAAGACCUCUUACCAAGAAUACCUUUGCUUUGAUACUUGAGGACAAUCAGACCAUAAAGACACAAACUACUAAGGAGUGCUGAAGUAGCAAUGAAACAGCCCAAUAGGAAGAGGAAGCUUAGUAUGGAUUCCAAAGAGAAUGUGAAUCAGGAUGGAAGCUUGGAGCCAGCUGAAGAAGGAAAGCCCAGGGAUGGGGCAGCUCCUCUGAGUCAUGUCCCUUCAGCGGCUGCACAGGACACGUGGUCUUGGGGGCAGUACUUGAAAGAACAGAAGGCUGUAGCAGCACCCGUUGAACUGUUUUCCCAGGACCAAUCCUUUCCAGAAUACGAAAAUGGUUUUCAGGUUGGAAUGAGAUUAGAAGGCAUUGACCCCCGACAUCCAUCUGUGUUUUGUGUACUUUCUGUAGCUGAGGUGUGUGGUUACCGUCUAAGGCUUCAUUUUGAUGGUUAUUUAAGCUGCUACGAUUUUUGGACCAAUGCUGGUUCCCCUGACAUUCAUCCAAUAGGGUGGUGUGGAAAGACCAAACACGAAUUGCAUAUCCCUAAGGGUUAUAGAAAAGAUAAAUUUGUUUGGAUGAAUUAUUUGAAGGCCUGCAAAUACCAAAAUGCUCCCAAGAAAUUAUUCAGAAACAGAAGUCCUAACGGGCCAAUGCCUAAAGAAUUUCAGGUGGGAAUGAAGCUGGAGGCUGUCGACAGAAAGAACCCUUCACUGGUGUGUGUGGCAACCAUAGCAGAUAUUGUUGAAGACCGCUUGCUAGUGCAUUUUGACAAUUGGGAUGAUAUUUACGACUACUGGUGUGAUGUAAAUAGUCCCUACGUCCAGCCUGUUGGUUGGUGUCAGGAGAAUGGAAGAACUCUGAUAGCACCCCAAGGUUAUCCUGAUCCAGAAAAUUUUUCCUGGACAGAAUAUCUGGAAGCUACUCAAACUAGUGCACUUCCUGCCAAAGUAUUUAAAAUGCGAUCGCCUCAUGGUUUUCUGCCAAAUAUGAAACUUGAAGUUGUGGAUAAACGAAACCCCAGGUUAAUUCGAGUUGCUACGAUUAUAGCUGUUGAUGACCAAAGACUAAAGGUCCAUUUUGAUGGCUGGGACCACAAAUACGACUAUUGGAUGGAUGUAGACAGCCCUGACAUUCACCCAAUUGGAUGGUGUGACGUAACAGGGCAUCCACUAGAAGUGCCAUAUCGAGCAAACGAUGUGAAAAUCCUGCCAAGCCAAGCUGUCUGUCCUACUCCAGGCUGCCGAGGAAUAGGCCAUAUCCGGGGCCCACGGUAUUCAGGACAUCACAGUGCUUUUGGCUGCCCGUAUUCGGAAAUGAACUUGAAAAAGGAGACAACACUCCAUGAAUGUGUGAGAGAACAAACACAAGCAAAUUUGGAAUCAGACUCUUCACAUUUAAAAUUGAAAAAUCUCUGUAAUUUGAACUUCAACAGAAAACAUGAAAAGGUGAACAGUCAUCCCAGACAUGUUCAGCAGGCAAAGUGUUUGAAAAUCAAAGAAAAAGAAGAUAAUGACUUGGAUAAUCUCUUCAGAGUGAAAGGACUAGACUGUGAUUUCUUUGGUACUCACUCAUGA